UCAGCUCGCGCAGUCCACGCGCCAGUUGCUGCUGGGGAGCCUAUUCUCGUCCUGCCCCUGCUCUGCCUCUGCACCCUUUCAGCCAACCAGAGAAUCGAGACGACAGGGAACCGCGAGCUGCCCCUCGAUGUCUUGAACGAAUUCUUUUCCUCGUAUAUAUUGGGUGAUUCAUACACAAAGGAGAGGGGAAGGUGGGGUUGGGUUUAGGGUUUGCUUGGUGGCGGUGUUGGGACCAUUUAAUGGCAGCUGCGUCGCAGGCGCUGCGUUUCUGUGCUCCCGGAUCCACCGCCGGCGGCGGCAGCAGCUUCGACACCUUCAAUCGGAUCAUCGCGGACCUCUCCCGCCCUAACCCUAAGGAAGGUGCUUCCUUAGCUUUAAGGAAGUAUAUAGAGGAAGAAGCUCAUGAUCUUAGCGGGGAAGCUUUUUCACGUUUUAUGGAUCAGUUGUAUGAUCGUAUCUCGAGUCUUCUGGAAAUCAACAAUGUUGCGGAUAACUUGGGAGCACUAAGAGUUAUUGAUGAGCUUAUAGAUGUGAACCUUGGUGAAAAUGCUUCCAAAGUUUCAAAAUUCUCGUACUAUAUGCGUAUGGUCUUUGAUGUAAAACGCGAUGAGGCAGUUUUGGUUCCUGCUAGUAGAGUUCUGGGACAUCUAGCUAGGGUCGGUGGAGCAAUGACUGCAGAUGAAGUGGAAUACCAGUUGAAAAAAGCACUCGAUUGGCUUCGUGGGGAUCGAGUCGAGUAUCGUCGUUUGGCUGCUGUGCUGAUCUUGAAAGAAAUGGCUGAAAAUGCAUCAACGGUUUUCAAUGUUCAUGUCCAAGAAUUUGUUGAUGCUAUUUGGGUUGCCCUAAGGGAUCCAAGAUUGGAGAUCCGAGAGAAGGCUGUGGAGGCAUUGCGUGCUUGUCUUCGUGUUAUUGAAAAGCGCGAGACACGUUGGCGUGUUCAAUGGUAUUAUCGCAUGUUUGAGGCCACACAAGAAGGGUUGGCUAAAAAUGCUCCUGUUCAUAGUGUGCACGGUUCUUUGCUCGCUGUAGGAGAGCUUUUGAGGAAUACAGGUGAAUUCAUGAUGUCUAGGUAUAGAGAAGUUGCUGACAUCGUCGUUAGAUACCUGGAGCACAGGGACCGGCUAGUUCGCCUCAGCAUAACAUCACUGCUGCCUCGUAUUGCUCAUUUCCUGCGGGACCGAUUCAAGACACACUAUCUAACGAUAUGCAUGAAGCAUAUUCUUGCAGUUCUACAAAUACCAGCUGAACGUGCAAGUGGUUUUGCUGCUCUAGGGGAGAUGGCUGGUGCUUUGGAUGGGGAACUUGUGGACUAUUUGCCGACAAUUACAUCUCACUUGCGUGAUGCUAUUGCUCCGCGUCGAGGGAGACCUUUACCAGAGGCUUUGACUUGUGUUGGGAACAUAGCAAAAGCAAUGGGCCCAAAAAUGGAACCUCAUGUCUCUAGUCUUUUGGAUGUUAUGUUUUCUGCUGGCCUUUCCAUUACACUUGUAGAAGCUCUGGAGCAAAUAACUAUCAGUAUUCCGUCGCUGCUGCCCACUGUACAAGCCCAAUUACUGCGCUGCAUAUCAAACGUUCUUUCUAGAUCCCAUCAUCCUCAAAUAAGGCCUGCUGCUGCAAUAACUCGAGGGGGGGUGAUAAAUCAACCGCAGCAAUUAUCAGACCAUAGCAGCUCAGCCCUCAUGCAACUUGCUUUGCAGACACUCGCUCAAUUUAACUUUAAGGGUCAUGACCUUCUUGAGUUUGCAAGAGAGUCAGUCGUAGUAUACUUGGAUGAUGAAGAUGGACCAACAAGAAGAGAUGCUGCUCUCUGCUGUUGCCGACUGGUUGCAAGCUCCUUCUCAGAUGCUUCAUCGACACAAUUCGGUUCUGGUAGAUCAAAUCGUGCGGGGGGAAAGCGAAGGAGACUUAUUGAGGAGCUUGUUGAAAAAAUUCUUGUUUCAGCUGUUGUGGAUGCUGAUGUUACAGUUCGAUGUUCCAUCUUUUGUUCCCUGCAUGGAAAUAGAGGUUUUGAUGAAUAUUUAGUUCAGGCAGAUAAUCUGAGUGCAGUUUUUGCUGCUUUGAAUGAUGAGGAUUUUGAUGUCCGCGAGUAUGCAAUCUCAGUGGCUGGAAGGUUAUCUGAGAAAAAUCCUGCAUAUGUCCUUCCUGCUCUUCGUCGCCAUCUUAUUCAGUUGCUGACCUAUUUAGAGCAAAGCAGUGCAGAUAGCAAAGGCAGAGAAGAAAGUGCCAAGUUACUUGGCUGCUUGAUUCGCAAUUGUGAACGACUGAUACACCCUUAUGUGGCCCCAAUCCACAAGGCACUUGUUGCAAGACUUACAGAGGGCCCCUCCGGCAAUGCCAAUACUGGCAUCAUUAGUGGAGUUCUUUUAACAAUUGGGGAUCUUGCUAGAGUGGGAGGUUUUGCAAUGAGACAAUAUAUCCCUGAACUCAUGCCGUUGAUUGUUGAUGUUCUAAUGGAUGGAGCUGCUGUUACAAGACGGGAAGUGGCCGUGUCAACGCUGGGUCAAGUUGUUCGGAGCACUGGAUACGUCAUAACUCCAUAUAAUGAGUAUCCUCAACUUCUUGGCUUGCUCUUGAAAUUACUCGACGGGGAGUUAGCAUGGUCUACGAGGCGUGAAGUACUUAAGGUUCUUGGGAUUAUGGGCGCUCUAGAUCCCCAUGUUCAUAAGAAGAAUCAACUCAGCUUGCCUGGUUCACAUGGAGAUGUUACUCGUGCUGCCAGUGAUUCUGGUCAGCACAUUCAAUCAGUGGAUGAACUACCAAUGGAUCUAUGGCCAUCGUUUGCAACAUCGGAAGACUAUUACUCAACGGUUGCAAUAAAUUCUCUCAUGCGAAUUCUUAGGGAUCCCUCGUUGGCCAGUUACCACAACAAAGUGGUUGGAUCUCUUAUGUUCAUCUUUAAGUCGAUGGGUCUUGGAUGCGUUCCAUAUCUGCCAAAGGUUUUGCCAGAUCUCUUUCACACAGUUAGGACUUGUGAUGAUACUCUGAAGGACUUUAUAACGUGGAAGCUUGGAACUCUAGUUUCCAUUGUCCGUCAGCAUAUCCGUAAAUACCGAGGAGAUCUGCUAUCCCUAAUUUCUGAACUAUGGUGUUCACUGAGCUUGCCAGCUUCUAAUCAUCCUACUCGGGGCUUUCCGGUCCUGCAUCUAGUGGAGCAGCUUUGCUUGGCCCUGAAUGAUGAAUUUAGGACAUAUCUUCCAGAUAUCCUCCCAUGUUGCAUUCAAGUCCUUAGUGAUGCUGAACGGUGCAAUGAUUACACCUAUGUCCUUGAUAUUCUCCAUACUCUCGAGGUCUUUGGUGGGACCUUGGACGAGCAUAUGCAUCUGCUUCUUCCGGCGCUCAUUCGCUUGUUUAAAGAGGAUGCUCCUGUGGAUAUAAGGCGUGCUGCAAUCAAAACUUUGACUAGAUUAAUCCCUCUUGUUCAGGUUACGGGUCAUAUAUCUUCUCUAGUGCAUCAUCUGAAGCUGGUUUUGGAUGGGAAAAUUGAUGAGCUCCGAAAGGACGCUGUUGAUGCACUUUGUUGUCUCGCUCAUGCCCUUGGGGAGGAUUUCACCAUCUUCAUCCCAUCAAUACACAAACUUAUAAUAAAACACAGAUUACGGCAUAAGGAUUUUGGGGAAAUUCAAAGCCGUUUGCAGAGAUGUGAACCACUAAUUUCUGGGAGUACAGCUGCUCAAAGACUAAGUCGUCGAAUUCCAGCUGAAGUUAUCAGUGAUCCCUUAAAUGAUGUGGAGAAUGAUCCAUUUGAAGAGGGCAGUGAUGUGCAAAGACAGCAUAGAGUUCGUUCGGUCAAUGUCGGUCGGCUUCUUGCUGCUGGCGAAGCUUCUCAACGCAGCACUAAGGAAGAUUGGGCUGAGUGGAUGAGGCACUUUAGCAUUGAGCUUCUAAAAGAAUCUCCUUCUCCCGCUUUACAAACAUGUGCAAGAUUGGCACAGUUGCAGCCUUUUGUUGGAAGGGAAUUAUUUCCGGCUAGUUUUGUGAGCUGCUGGACACAACUGACAGAACCUAGCCAGAAACAAUUAGUUCGGAGUCUAGAGAUGGCAUUUUCCGCUCAGAAUAUUCCUCCUGAAAUUUUAGCAACUCUUCUUAACCUGGCUGAGUUCAUGGAACAUGAUGAGAAGCCUCUUCCAAUAGAUAUCCGUCUCCUUGGCGCUCUUGCAGAAAAGUUUCGGGCAUUUGCGAAGGCAUUGCAUUACAAAGAAAUGGAAUUUGAAGGUGCACGCUCUAAGAAGAUGGAUGCUAACCCUGUUGCUGUGGUCGAAGCUCUUAUACACAUAAAUAAUCAGCUACACCAACAUGAGGCUGCAGUAGGAAUAUUGACCUAUGCCCAGCAAAACCUUGAUGUCCAAUUGAAAGAAUCAUGGUAUGAGAAAUUACAGCGGUGGGAUGAUGCUCUGAGGGCAUACACUCUCAAGGCAUCCCAAGCAACUAGUCCGAGUGAGGUUUUGGAUGCUACACUAGGGCGGAUGAGGUGUCUCGCGGCACUGGCUCGAUGGGAAGAACUGAACAACCUGUGCAAAGAAUACUGGAUCCCAGCAGAGCCUGCUGCUCGACUGGAAAUGGCACCAAUGGCUGCUAAUGCUGCUUGGAACAUGGGAGAGUGGGAUCAAAUGGCAGAAUAUGUGAAUCGACUGGAUGAUGGUGAUGAUACUAAACUUAGAGGUUUAGGAAAUAAUGCUGCUGGUGGUGAUGGAAGCAGUAAUGGUACAUUCUUUAGGGCAGUUCUCUUAGUCCGCAUGAGGAAGUAUGAUGAAGCACGUGAAUAUGUUGAACGAGCUAGGAAAUGCUUGGCAACUGAACUUGCUGCUCUGGUUUUGGAGAGCUAUGAAAGAGCUUACAUCAAUAUGGUCCGCGUCCAGCAGCUGUUGGAGUUAGAAGAGGUAAUUGAUUACUGUACUCUUCCAGUGGCGAACCCUGUUGCUGAGGGGAGGCGGGCCCUUAUUCGCAAUAUGUGGUAUGACCGCAUUAAAGGAGCAAAAAGGAAUGUUGAGGUCUGGCAAGGCCUUUUGGCUGUCAGAGCACUGGUUCUUCCCCCUACAGAAGAUGUUGAGACUUGGCUUAAGUUUUCUUCUCUUUGUCGAAAAAAUGGCCGGAUUAGUCAGGCUAAAUCGACCAUGAUUAAACUUUUGCAGUUUGACCCCGAAACAUGCCAUGAGAAUGUCCACUACCAUGGACCUCCACAAGUAAUGCUGGCAUACUUGAAAUAUCAGUGGUCCCUUGGUGAAGAUCUUAAGCGAAAGGAAGCCUUUACUCGGUUGCGGAAUCUGGCUAUGGAGCUCUCAAAUGUACCGACUCAGUCAGUUUCUCCUACUGGUCUAAUGAGCAGUAAAAAUCCUAGUGUUCCCCUUGUCGCACGUGUAUAUCUCGAGCUUGGGAAUUGGCAGUGGGCACUUUCUCCUGGAUUAGAUGAAGAAUCUAUUAAAGAAAUCCUUAGUGCUUUCGGAGCUGCCUCCAGUUGUGCGCCGCGUUGGACAAAAGCAUGGCAUGCAUGGGCAUUGUUCAACACAGCUGUGAUGUCACAUUAUACACUGAGAGGAUAUUCCAGUAUUGCUGCACAGUAUGUCGUUCAAGCAGUCACUGGAUACUUCCAUUCUAUCUCAUGUGCAGCAAAUGCCAAAGGCGCUGAUGAUAGUUUACAGGAUAUACUUCGUCUGCUUACAUUGUGGUUCAACCAUGGAUCUACUGUGGAAGUUCAAAGGGCAUUGCAGGAAGGAUUCUUACUUGUAAAUAUCAACACGUGGCUUGUUGUAUUGCCCCAAAUAAUUGCCAGAAUUCAUUCCAACAAUCGUGCUGUUAGAGCGCUCAUUCAGUCACUUUUGGUUCGGAUUGGACAAAGCCAUCCACAGGCCCUUAUGUACCCUCUUCUCGUGGCAUGUAAAUCAAUUAGCAAUUUACGCAAAGCUGCAGCUCUAGAAGUGGUUGACAAAGUGCGGCGGCAUAGUGGUGAUCUUGUCGAGCAGGCACAGCUCGUGUCAAAGGAGCUAAUCAGAGUUGCCAUACUUUGGCACGAAAUGUGGCACGAGGGAUUGGAAGAAGCUAGUCGCUUGUAUUUUGGGGAACAUAACAUUGAGGCGAUGUUGAAGGUGUUGGAACCACUGCACGAGAUGCUCGAGGAAGGGGCUAUGAGGCAGAAUAUAUCUAUAAAAGAGAGAGCAUUUAUUGAGGCUUACCAUGUUGAAUUAUUGGAGGCCUAUGAAUGUUGCAUGAAAUACAAGAGAACUGGAAAAGAUGCUGAGCUUACACAGGCAUGGGAUCUCUAUUAUCAUGUAUUUAGACGCAUCGACAAGCAGCUUUCAAGUCUUACAACACUAGACCUUCAGUCUGUUUCUCCUGAGCUCUUGGAUUGCCGCGACUUGGAGCUUGCUGUGCCCGGAACAUAUCGUGCAGAUUUACCGGUGGUAACAAUUGCAUCAUUUGCACCCCAACUUGUCGUCAUAACUUCUAAACAACGGCCUCGGAAAUUAACAAUUCACGGGAGCGAUGGUAAGGAUUACACCUUCUUGCUGAAGGGACAUGAAGAUCUACGCCAAGAUGAACGUGUCAUGCAGCUUUUUGGAUUGGUCAACACUCUUCUGGAGAAUUCCAGAAGAACUGCUGAAAAAGAUCUGUCUAUUCAAAGAUAUUCUGUGAUCCCAUUAUCACCAAAUAGUGGGCUGAUUGAGUGGGUUCCAAAUUGUGACACAUUACACCAGCUGAUCCGUGAGUAUAGAGAGAACAGAAAGGUCCUAAUUGGUGCAUCUUCUCAGAUUACCCUUAAUCAAGAGCAUAAGUAUAUGCUAAGUUUUGCUCCAGACUACGACCAUCUGCCCUUGAUAGCGAAAGUCGAGGUGUUUGAGUACGCUCUGCAAAAUACAGAGGGCAACGACCUUGCAAGGGUUCUUUGGUUGAAGAGCCGCACGUCUGAAAUCUGGUUAGAGAGGAGGACAAACUAUACAAGAAGUUUAGCAGUCAUGAGCAUGGUAGGAUACCUACUUGGCUUGGGUGAUCGACACCCAAGCAAUCUUAUGCUGCACCGCUUCAGUGGGAAGAUCCUACAUAUUGAUUUUGGCGACUGCUUCGAAGCUGCAAUGAGUCGAGAGAAGUUUCCUGAAAAGGUGCCUUUCCGCUUAACAAGAAUGCUCGUGAAGGCAAUGGAGGUCAGUGGGAUCGAGGGGAACUUCCGCUCUACAUGUGAAAAUGUUAUGCAAGUGCUUCGAGCAAAUAAAGAAUGUGUCAUGGCUAUGAUGGAGGCCUUUGUCCAUGAUCCCCUCAUAAAUUGGCGUCUCUUCAACUUCACUGAAGUCCCUCAAAUGGCAACUUUCGCAAACACCCAUGCCCCACCUGUCGUUAAUGCAGAGGAAUCUGCUCAAAAUAAGGAACUUCCUCAGCCUCAACGAGGUGCCAGGGAAAGGGAGCUUCUUCAGGCCGUUAAUCAACUCGGUGAUGCAAAUGAGUUCUUAAAUGAGCGAGCUGUGGUAGUGAUGGCUCGAAUGAGCAAUAAACUCACUGGCCGCGAUUUCUCCACAUCCUCUGUCUCCGCCUCAUCUCCUCAACAUCACAUGGAUCAUAGCAACUUGAUCUCAGGGGAUUCUCGUGAAGUCGAGCAUGGUUUAUCUGUUAAAUUGCAAGUUCAGAAGUUGAUUAUCCAAGCUAGAUCACAUGAAAAUUUGUGCCAGAACUAUGUUGGGUGGUGUCCCUUCUGGUGAGCUGAAGACACAAUGGAAUGCUGUAUAUCUGCUGUAAAUACGCUAAAGUGUAGUUUUUGUAAUUCAUUAUGUACAGAUGCACUUAUGACCAGUUACAAGAACAUGAUUGUACAAAGUGUGAGCAGUUGAAUCAAUAAAACCCCCUGUGGCUGCAGUUUGAACUGCCACUUUAUUUA